AUUUCUUAAAAGUUCAGCUGCAGCAUUAGACAGAGCGAAUUACCAUAAAGUUUUUAUUCUCUUUUCUCUUUAUAGUUUUUUUUUAUCAAUUGGCAUUUUUUUUUUUUAUCUUUCAGUGUUUGAUUUAGGAUAAAAUCUGCUUUUCAGUGCUCUCACUGAGGGAAUGCAGCUUCUUUAAACGCAGUCAGCCUGCAGGUGCCUGCUGAAUAUUUUAUUUUAUUAUACUUCAUUGAUAUUAAUCAAACCAUUUACAUAAAAGAAAGAAAGAGCCCUUUGUUUCUUUAUGUUGCUGUUUCGUAAGAUGCAGAAACGGAAGCUGCUUUAGCGUUUCGUCUCUCUGGUUUCUCCCACCGCAUCUCCGCUCCAGGCGGAACCGCCGCUUGUGAUGCAGUGCCGGGACGCCGCCGUGUCCUCCCUCAGCUGGGCGCUGCUGGUCGGCGGGUCGGCCUUCCUGCUGCAGCAGAGCCGCUGCGGGGGACCUUACGGCCGCUACGUUGAAGCGGGCAGCCGCUGCUGGCCCGCGGCGCUGGGCUGGUUCGUUCAGGAGGUUCCGGCUUUCCUGGUACCGCUUCUGCUGUGGAUCUGCUGGGGACAGGAGAGCGGGACCGGGGGGACGCUGCUCCUCUGGACCUUCAUGCUGCACUACUUCUACAGGAGCUUUGUCUACUCCCCUUUGACCCGAGGCCGGCCGGUGCCGUUAAAGAUCGUCUUCUCCGCUUUUAUCUUCUGCUCGCUGAAUGGCUUCCUGCAGGGACACCACCUGCUCCACUGCGCCAAGUUCCAGCCUGACUGGGUGACGAACGCUCGGAUCUCUGCAGGGUUUCUGCUGUUUUUCAUCGGUCUGAUCAUCAACAUCCACAGCGACCACAUUCUGCGGAACCUGAGGAACCCUGGGGAGAUUGUCUACAGGAUUCCUCGCGGAGGGAUGUUUGAGUUCGUCUCUGGUGCUAACUUUUUCGGAGAGAUCUUAGAGUGGUGUGGUUACGCACUCGCCGCUUGGUCCUUACCAACCUUCGCCUUUGCUUUCUUCACCAUCUGCUCAAUUGGGCCCAGAGCCUACCAUCACCACAGAGAUUAUCAGCAAAGGUUUAAGGAUUAUCCCCGCUGCAGGAAAGCAGUCAUUCCUUUCAUUUUUUAAGGAUGGAGGUCCAACAGCACACUCGGCUGCAGAUAUGUCACAUCAGUUCCAGAAAUGAAAAGGUCACCGAAGGUUCGGACAAUGGAGCUCUUGCUUGAUUUUAUGAUUAUGUGUCUCUUUUCCUUUGUAUAAAAUCAGCCCUUUUUACCAAUUGGAACAAGUUACGGUUUACAGUUUGUAUCAGGGGGUUGCUUCCUGUUAGCUUUUGGAUAAUAUCUGACUAAACUUAUUCUCUUAUCUUUAUCUUAUUUCUUAUGUCCUAUUAGAUGUCUCAGUUUAAUAAAGAAUAAUUUUAAUAAGAAGGGUUUAAAACUUUUAUUUUUAAAAAAUAAGUCUGAGGGUAGUUUACAAGGCUAAUUCACGCUAAUGUACUAAAACAUUUUAUAGGUUCUCUAUCAGUUGCUCUAUUUUUAACUCUGUUUAUGCCUGAGUUUUGUCACAUACUCUGUAUGUCAGAUAUAGCUACUCCUCUGACUCUUAAAAGAUAACGGUCCUUGUAAUAAAUGUAGUCAGCAGAGCCUUGGAUGGUAGCUCCACAUAGGAGCUCUCUAGCAGAGCCUCUGCUGAAGUGAUUGUCGGAUCCAUAUUCAGAAAUGUGGCAUUAAAGACAUCAGUGACCAUAAUCAAAUGUUUGUCAAGGGGCCGAAAGGGACUAAAUCAAAUCCUAGCUAACAAGGAAAAGUUUAAAUACAGUAAGAUGGUUAUUCAUGUUGGUGGUAAUGGCUAACCUGACUCCGCCAGAUGGAUUUGCUCCGCAUAUCCAUCUGGAAACCUUCCGUUGAAGUAAUUUUGGGAAGGGGCGAAAAUACUGGU